AUGAAAGUACAACAAACGAUUCAAUUUCGUGGAACAGAAUCAUUUAUUUCACGAAUGAUUCCAAAAGAUUAUUUCUUAUCACAUCAAACCACUACUGGUUUAUUAAUUCAAAUACAGGAGAAUAGACAACUUUCGGACGAGAAAUUAGAAGCCAUUUCGCAAUAUUUUGAACGAUACGGUUCGAUUAACUGUAAAGAAUACAUUAAUGGACAAGAUAUAUAUGUCAUUUUUCAUAAUUAUGAUGCAGUCGAUCAGAUUAUGCUCAAUGGAGAAGAACAAAUGAUCGAUGGAUAUACUGUCCGUGUACAAAAAGUUCGCGUACCGACAGAAAGACGUGCUAUUCUCAAUUCAAAUGAUCAAGAAUUUUGUAUUCACAUAUCAAAUCUAUCAACGAAAGUGACAAGUGAAGAUCUUGCAUCAUUGUUCAAUGUACAUGUUGCCAAUGUUUUAAUACGACCAUUCAAUCAAUUGACUGAACAUCUUGUAGAAAGUCAAAGAACACCAUAUGAAGCUUGGAUCAUUAACGUUGGCAAUAGAAAAGAGACACAAAGGCUAGCCAAACAAAUUAAUGGCAGAACAAUGAAUAACACAAUAAUUCGAUGCGAGGCUAUAGAAGAACCACUAAAAGUAUUCGAAUUAUGCGAAAAAUUUCAAAAUGGUAAAUGUGAACAUUCGAUUAGUUGUAAUAUGAAGCAUGUUUCAUGUGUCAAAUCUGAUACAUGUAUCGAUACUAAAUGUUGGUAUGGGCAUCCAUCGUCCCGAAAUGUUGUAUCGCAACGUCGGCCAACGUCAGGUAGAUGA